AUGGAGGGCGGGAAACUCUCGGAUCCCCCGUCAGACACAAGCAGCACUCUGAAAAACCACAAGAGAACCCAUGAAUGCUCAGAGUGUGGGAAAUCCUUUGCUCGCCGGUCCGUCCUUUUGACCCACAGGAAGGUCCAUCUGGGAAGCGGAUCCAGUCAAGGUUUGGAGGGUGAGAAAUCCUUUUCUGGAAAAGGUGCCAAAGAUCUCAGAAGCUCCCCCAGACUAAAACCUCAUAAAUGUGAGAAAUGUGACUUACGCUUUGGUCAAAAGUCAAGUCUUCUUACACAUCAGAAAAUCCACACUGGAGAGAAACCCUAUCAGUGUCUGGAAUGUGGGAAAUUUUUCAGUAAAAAAGGCACCCUCAGAAAGCAUGAGAGAAUUCACACAGGGGAGAAACCUUACACGUGUUGGGAAUGUGGGAAGAGCUUUUCUCGGACGGGAGGUCUUCAGAUCCAUGAGAAGGUUCAUGCAGGAAUAAAAUCUUACAAAUGCUUUGAGUGUGGAAAAUGUUUCACCCUGAGUUCAACUCUUCGGACUCAUGAGAAAACACACAGAGGGGAGAAAAAUGAAAAGUGUCUUGAAUGUGGGAAGUGUUUUUCUGAGAAAUCAAGCCUGGUGCGCCAUCAGAGACGUCACACUGGAGAGAGACCCUAUGAAUGUCCAGAAUGUGAGAAACGAUUUAUGUGUUCUUCUGAACUUCAGAGACAUCAGAAGAGACACAAAGGGGAGAAACCCUAUCAAUGUGGGGAAUGUGAGAAAUGUUUUGUUACGCAAAGAGAGCUUCAGUUUCACGAGAGAAUCCACACAGGGGAAAAACCAUACAAAUGUGAGGAGUGUGGGAAAUGCUUUUCCCUAAAACAAAGCCUUGGAAGGCAUCAGAGGCUCCACACAGGAGAGAAGCCGUUCAAAUGCGUAGAAUGUGGGAAAUGUUUUGCUCAACAUGGAAAUCUUUGGAGACAUCGUAAAACCCACACAGGGGAGAAGCCGUACAGAUGCCUAGAAUGUGGAAAAUGUUUUGCUCAGAAGGGAGCACUUUGGACACAUCAUAAAACCCACACAGGUGAGAAGCCGUACAGAUGCCUAGAAUGUGGAAAAUCAUUUGCUCAUUCAUAUUCCCUCAGAAGCCACAGCCGAAUCCAUACAGGAGAGAAGCCCCAUAAAUGCUCGGAGUGCGAUAAAUGUUUUUCUCAAAAAAAUACUCUUGUGAGACAUCAGCUAACCCACACUGGAGAGAAACCAUAUAAAUGUCCAGAGUGUGGGAAAUGUUUUGCCCGAACUUCAUCACUUUGCAAGCACAUCAGAAGUCAGACAGGGGAGUCGCCUUACAAGUGUGCCAAGUACACAAGCAGCACUCUGAAAAACCACGAAAGAACCCACAAAUGCUCAGAGUGUGGGAAAUCCUUUGCUCGCCGGUCUGUCCUUUUGACCCACAGGAAGUACGAAUGUCUGGAAUGUGGGAAAAAAUUCCGUCAAAAAACCUAUCUCAGAAACCACGAGAGGCUUCACACAGGGGAGAAACCUUACAAGUGCUGGGAAUGUGGGAAGAGCUUUUCUCAGAGCGCCAGUCUUUGGAUCCAUGAGAAGGUUCAUGCAGGAAUAAAAUCUUACAAAUGCUUUGAGUGUGGAAAAUCUUUCACCCUGAGUUCAUCUCUUCGGAGUCAUGAGAGAAAACACAGAGGGGAGAAAAACGAAAAGUGCCUUGAAUGUGGGAAGUGUUUUACCUGGAAAUCAAGCCUGGUGCAACAUCAGAGACUUCACACCGGAGAAAGACCCUAUGAAUGUCUGGAAUGUGAGAAACGAUUUAUGUUUUCUUCUGAACUUCAGAGACACCAGAAAUGGCACAAAAGAGAGCUAUCCUCUAAAUGUGGGGAAAGUUUUAUCUCGCCAGGAGAGUUUCAGAUUCACCAAAGAACCCACACAGUGGAGAAACCAUACAAAUGUGGGGAGUGUGGGAAAUGCUUUUCCCUAAAACAAAACCUUAGAAGCCAUCAGAGGGUCCACACAGGAGAAAAGCCGUACAGAUGCCUAGAAUGUGGAAAAUCUUUUGCUCAAAAGGGAGCCCUUUUGACACAUCACAAAAUCCACACAGGGGAGAAGCCAUAUCCAUGCUUUGAAUGUGGAAGAUUUUAUCGUACUACAUCAAUCCUUAGAAAUCAUAUAAAAGUUCACACAGGAGAAAGAAACUACAAAUGUUUAGACUGUGGGAGAACAUUUGCUAAUCCAUUUUCCUUUAGAACUCACAGCCGAAUCCAUACAGGAGAGAAACCUCACAAAUGUUCGGAGUGUGAUAAAUGUUUUUCUCAAAAAUAUACUCUUGUGAUACAUCAGCGAAUCCACACUGGAGAGAAGCCAUAUAAAUGUUUGGACUGUGGGAAAUGUUUUGCCCACAAUUCAGCACUUUACAGGCACACCAGAACUCACACAGGACAGAGGCCUUACAAGUGUGCAGAGUGUGAGAAAACCUUUCAUUGUCCGUCUCAGCUCAAAAUGCAUCAGAAAGUCCACAGCAGAGAUAAAUCUUUUCAGUUGUGAACAAUGUGGGGAAAAACCUUUUUCAAAAGUCGCACCUUACUAUUUACCAGGAAUUUUACACAGUGUCAGAAGGGAAAUCCUACAAUUGUUUGGUGUGGGGAAAAUGUUUUUCCUAGUCAAGUAACCUUCAGUACCACAAUCAAGCAAAUCCACAUAAAUGUUGGGAGUGUGAGAAAGUUUUGCUCACAAAGCCGCAUUAGUAACUUACCAGAGUGGUUACACAAAAGGGUUAUAAGGUGACCAACUUUUUUACAAUGAGGAGGACACAAAUAAGUUGAAGAAAAAAAUACCGUAAAUAAAACAUUUUAUUCAUUGCAACAAUACAGAA